AUGGAUUACUUUGAAAUUAUUAGGAUUGCUAUUAAUAUUGAAAUUACAAGACUAAAGAAGAUACUGAAAAAUGUUCCAACCUAUAGUCUAAUUGUUCCUACUGGUGUUUCUACAUCUGAUAUACUUCCAUCAACUGAAAAUUUUAUGAAAGAAUUGUGCUAA